AUGGUGACCAUGGUAUCGACGCUGGAGGCGUUGGUGGCGCUCCUGAACCUGAUCCUCAACCUGAUCGGAGACCUCAACAAGCUCGAGUACAACAAAAAGGGCCGCAAGUACCGGUUCGUCAACAACAACUUCCAGCGGAUCCGGGAAGAGGAUAAGCAUCUCGUCAUUUGCCCCGAAGAGCCGGAGUCGCAGUUGGCGGUGAUGCUGCUGUUCUACAUCCUUUUGAACACCGACAACGGCGAGCUUCUCCGGCGGUACCCGGACUUCUGUCUCGCCAUCAUCGGGUGUGCUCGCGAGAUCGAAGCCCACGGGUGGUACGAAGAGGAAAACUCGUCGGUGGUCCACGUGAAGAACGCCAAAUACGACCCCCGAGUGGUGCUGGAGCCGGCGCUCGAGUACAUCCGACUCAACCCCAUUGAACAGCGCCACAUCGACAUGGGGCUCGUGCUUAUGACCUGCGCUAAGCUUAAUUUCCUCCACACUGACCACCACAUCGGCACUAAAGUGGAAGGGUUUUACAUGAAACAUUUCAUCAAGGAGUACUUUGGCGAGGAGCUUUUGGCGCUGCCGGAAGUGCUUGUCGCCCUCAAAUCGUUUGUCCACUGGGGCAACAUUAAGGGCAUUUUAUACCGGUUGGAUGUCCCCAACAUCAAAACCACGCCUGAGCUAGUCAAGGCGUUUUCGCAGUUCCCCGAACCGAUGGAAGAACUCAAGCUUAGUGUCUACGACCGCUACCCGCUGGGCACCUCGAAAUACCUGCUUAUCCGUAAGCUGAUCGACGUAUUAGGCGACUGGCAGUUCUCACUGCUCAUCCCUUACCCGCAAGACUUCAACUUUGACUUGGACUGGUUAUACGAGUUGUGCCAUAACAUAGAGAAAGACCCGGUGAAGUAUCAUCUUCGGUCACUGACCAAAGCCCUCUGCGAGAACCCCGUCAACCUUGGCGAGUUGCUGCUGCGAUACUCGAAACAGAUCGCCGCGUUGCUCGACUUCAUCCUGAUGAUCAUCCACACCUUCGAAGACACCGGCGGCGACUUCCUCUUACAGAACUCCAAGAUCCCCAAGUUGACGCCCGAGCUCAUCCUGCGCCACAGCGAGUUGUACCAGCAGAUCCAGAAGCUCUACGACAACGUCCGUAGCUACGAGGAGAAGGGGUGGGACACCGACGACAUUGUGUUGCGGCUCGGGGCGCCGGAAAAGUCGUUAUUCUCCACGGUGAUGGCGAUGCGGGAAAAGUACAGUGACGACUACGAAUAA